CCGGGCCAAGGUCCAGGGGGAAAUCCACCCGUCCGCCAAUCAUGAGGUCGCUGGUCUUUGUUCUGCUCCUCGGAGCCGCCUUCGCCACCGAGGAUGACAAAAUUGUGGGAGGUUAUGAAUGCGAGCCUCAUUCCCAGCCCCACCAGGUGUCUCUGAACUCCGGCUACCACUUCUGCGGCGGCUCCCUGGUCAACGAGCUCUGGGUGGUGUCUGCCGCUCACUGCUACAAGCCCCAAAUGGACAUCGUUCUCGGUGACCACAACCGUUGGUUCAUGGAUGGCAAUGAGCAAAUCAUUUCUGCAGCCCGUGUGAUCCGUCACCCCAACUACGAGUCCUGGAUCGUUAACAACGACAUCAUGCUGAUCAAGCUCAGCGAGCCGGCCGCCCUCAACGACUACGUGCAGCCUGUGGCUCUGCCAACCAGCUGUGCCGCCGCUGGCACCAUGUGCAAAGUCUCCGGCUGGGGUGUCACGAUGAGCUCUUCCGCUGACAGCAACAGACUACAGUGUCUGGACAUCCCCAUCCUGUCCGAGGAGGACUGUGACAGAGCUUAUCCCGGCAUGCUCACUGAUGCUAUGUUCUGUGCCGGAUAUAUGGAGGGAGGCAAGGACUCCUGCCAGGGUGACUCUGGUGGCCCAGUUGUGUGCAAUGGUGAGCUGCAGGGUGUUGUGUCUUGGGGCUUCGGAUGUGCUGAGAAGAACCACCCCGGCGUCUAUGCUAAGACCUGUGUUUUCCUUGACUGGCUGCAGAGCACGAUGGCCACUUACUGAAUCCACUCCUACCUCCAAUACGUCUUCAUCAAUACAGCGAAUAUAAAGCCUUACCACAGCAAAUGAAGUUCUACCUGUUGUAAUGUAAUAGAAAUUAAAAAGAAAU